AUGGCCGUCCACAACACCAUUGACCAAGAGUUCCCCUGCUCAUUAACAAUCAACGUCCCCUUCCCGACCCCGCGCCUAGCCACCGUUGCGCACAAAGCCCUCGCCGUCGACCAAGAACUGUCUCCCCUCGUCCGUCGCACCUUCUCCAUCGAUUCCGACUCACCGAGUGACGCCGGCGCCGGCGCUGCUUCCGUCCUGCGCGUACACUACAAGGCCACCACAAACCGCAUGCUUCGCGUGGCCGUCAAUGGCCUCAUGGAGAGCCUGAACCUCGUUGUCGAGGUCAUGGAGGAGCUGGAUGUUGAUGUUUUGGAACACAACCGGGUCUCUUCGCAAUAA